AUGGAGAGAGACGAUACUUCAAUCAAAAGUGUUGAGAUGGAGCGUAUCAAUAGUCAGCGCCAGGGUACGAUCCUUCCAAUAUCUAUCAACAAGGAUGACAUCCAAUCGAAUAUGAGUACACUGGAGCAAGCCUUCAAUGAAAUCGGAUUCGGGCGGUUCCAAUGGGGAUUAACACUAUCCUGCUCUUUCGGAUUUCUUGUUGACCAGAUGCUAUUGGUCUCAAUAAGUCUUACAACUCCACAAUCUGCUCUUGAGUUUGGUCCCAAAUAUCAAACUCUACUUUCGGCUUCGCUUUAUGCCGGUCUUUUCGCGGGUGCCCUUCUCCUUGGCGGCUUAGCAGACAUCGUUGGCCGAAGACUCGUGUGGCACGGAACUAUUUUCGGCGUUUCUAUAUUCGGCUUGAUUGCUGCUGCAUCCCCGAAUUGGGCUGCAUUGAAUGUCUUCCAGGCAAUACUAGGAUUCCUUGGGGGCGGCAACCUUGCGAUCGAUUUGGCGAUUCUGGCGGAAAGUAUUCCACCUAGGUGGUCAUUCAUCUUAUCAGGACUUGCUAGUAUAUGGGGCAUUGGCAAUGCAAUUACUGGCUUGAUUGCUUGGCCACUUCUCGUCAACUUUGGCUGUGCCAGCGGUUCUGAUCCUUCAACUUGCCCGAAAUCCGCGAAUAUGGGGUGGCGGUACCUCUAUAUCAUCAUUGGUGGUCUGUCUUUAGUGAUGUCCUUUAUCCGUGCACUUGUUCUGAGGUCUCGAGAAUCGCCAGGGUGGCUUAUUUCAUGCGGACGCAUUGAUGAAGCCGUCUCUGUGCUUAACUCCAUAAGUGCGACUAACAAGUCAGAAUAUCGGGUUCGCUCUGACCAGUUCAUUCCUACAAGCCUGGAAUCUCCUUCUCAGUCACUCGGCGAAACUUUCCAUCGAGCAAGGAAACUUUUUGUCGGACCCAAACAGCUGCGUCUCGUCUUGUUGAUGGUCGGGAUGUGGGCAUUUGUUGGCAUCGCGUAUCCACUUUACACAAUCUUCUUACCCUACUACCUCGCAGCACAUGGGGCUCAACUAGGCAACCAGAGCAACUAUAUCACAUAUAGGGACUGGGCCAUUUCCUCGGUCGUUGGUAUCUUCGGCCCAUGUCUGAGUAUGUGGAUGGUCUCGACAACAUUCUUCCGAUCUCGACGAUCACUAUUUAUCACUGGUGCUGCCUGCGCAGCCUUUUCGGGAGCCUUUACAUCUGUCAGAACCGAAGCACAGAAUCUCGCCUUUUCUUGCAUGGUGAAUUUCUGGUUGAAUGCUGUUUAUGCGAUCAUAUAC